AUAAUGCUUGCUCAGGGCAUUAAUAUUGAUGGAGAUGAAAUGUUGAGCUGCAUCAUCGAAGGUAUUACAAAUCAAGGGCUGCGCAAUCUGGCGCACAUUCAAAGCUUUGUGGAUGUUGGGCACAUAAAGCGAGCAUUUGCGGAUGUUAGACUGCCGAAAUAUGUUGGAAAACCGAUGACAUCAUUGGACUUCAAGGACAAGAAGGAGACACGAUGUUUCAAUUGCAAUGCCAAAGGGCAUUGGGCGAACGAGUGCAGGAAGUCAAAACGGGAGAAAGGAUCGUGCUAUGCGUGCGGCGAGAUGGGACAUUUUGUGGCGACGUGUUUGAAGAGCAAAAAUAAGAACACAGGCAAUAAUAAUUAUAAUGUCUCAUAGAUACAGGGAGCCCGAUUUCAUUUAUUAAAAUAUCAAAAGUACCAGAAAAUGUUUGCAAAUUACCAGUUUUAAAUUUAUAUCAUGGAUUAAAUAAGAGUUACUUAGAAACCUAUGGAAAAAUAUUAUGUUACGUUAUGAAAAACUUAAAUAAAAUUCAUUUUCAUUUAGUUAUUGUGGCAAACAAAUCUAUGAGUCAUGAUGUAAUCCUUGGAAGAGAUUUUAUGGAAGCAUGUAAUAUUAAUUUAAACCUCGACACUUUGAAAAUGGUUACGGUUGAGAGCAUUGAAAACCCUCCAAAUGUUAGUGAUAUUGGUAGAAAUGUUAGAGAAGAAAAGCACAUUGUUAGUGAUAUUGUUAGAAAUGUUAGAGAAGAAAAUCAGAUUGUUAGUGAUUUUGUUAGUCAUGAAAACCAGAUAGUUAGCAAUAUUAGUGAUAAAAUUAGCGACAAUAGGCGGAUGAUUAGAAAAGUUAGUAA